AGCUCGUUAUAUAAUUUUGUUAGCUUUUUUGUGAUAAAUCAACAAUUAAUCAACUUAUUAAUUCAAAAGCAAAACACGAAUAAAGCGACACACGUUUAACAUCAGAUAGCUAAAAAGUUGACUUCGAAGGGAGAAUAGUACUACCUUGUCUAAAUUAUUGUAUCAUGUUUCUAUCCCAUUUCAUUUUUUAUGGAACGGAACAUAGAACACCAAAUCUGUUGACCGGCUAAAAUCCAGAAAGGAGAUAACUUUCCAGAGCUUGCAGUGUGCGAAAGCUCUUUCAAAUAUUUACAAUUACGCAAUGCUUCAACAUACAUAUGUACAUGUAGAUAUUUGAAUUAUAAUGUUUCACUAUAAUUAUGAUUGCAACUUCCCAGAAGUGUUCCAAACAACCAAGAGAAAAAAAUCGGGAAAAGAAUUCUAUUCCAGCUUCCACAUAAAUCAUGGAACCACGCUCGCUAAGACAUGUUGUUCGGUGGGGUAUGAAUACUUCAGCUCUGAACGUUUUCGAUGCAAUACUCGCGGUGGAAGCAGAGUAAAGGGAAGACCACUGCGCCAUUGAAAAGAGCGGGUGGGGAAGGAUCGGUUGGCGUCAAACUAUCAAAAUAUGGAAUGAAUCGUGCGCUAUUUUUAACUCGCGUAAGCCUUGAAUACGCCACUACGGAAGAAGCUGGAGGUAUGCGACUUGAGAACACCCUGCAAUUAACCGCCAAUAUUCAUGUCAACCUGCAAAACGAUUCAUCCCGCCUUUCACUGGAAAUGGAGAACGGCAAAAUGCCUUCCGUACGGAUUGCAAUAAACAUAAGGAAAAUUCGCUCUGCUUAGGAGUCAAACGUAAGACCGCUGAGACAGCUUUAGUUCGCAUUUUUAAAAAAGUCUAUUGUUCUGAUAAAAUUGGAAAAGAAGGAAAUGGUAGGUAACCUGACCAAUAUCUAAACAGAAUCCUACCACUAUCUCCGAUUUGUGUGUAUUGCGCGUUGAGGUGAUGGAGCUACACUUGCAUAACUUAUCGCUUUCAUGGUAUGUGUGAAGAAAAACGAAAGCGAAAAGAACCAAAACUCGCAUGGCUUUUUCAAUUGCAAGUGCGUCUUAUUUCGCAGAGAGAGCUUCGUGUAGAAGUGGCGGUAAGCCACUCAAAUCAACACUUCACACUCGCUUUGUUUUUCAUAAUUCAUUCUCCUUCCGGCGGCAAUUUAAUUUGCGAGCGCAUGAAGCAGAAACAAAUGAUAAAAAUAGCAUUUAGCGAAGUUUUUGCUUUGGGACGCUGUCACUGGAAAAUGCACACCACAUGCAACUGUCCCUGCAUAUUCCUUAAAAGGCUUACAUGCACACAUAUGUAUGUUUGGACAUCUUUGUCUAUGAACCACUUGACAACGAAAGCGGAUAGGGGCAAACGGUGUGCCAAGUGGCUGCUCCACCUAGUUUGCUUAGGGCCGCAACGCCUGCAGGCCGCUGCUACCCGAGCAUAUGGUGAAGCACGUGCUCCAACAUGCUAAUGAAAUCUUAUGGAAAGUGUAAACAAAAUCAACAGAGUGGUGGGAAAAUAAAGGCGGUCGAGCGCGGCAAGCGACAGGACAACUGACAUACAAAUAACAGCGACAAGUGAGGUUAUGGUGCAAAGAAGAAGCAUCAGAAAGCCGGCUAUGUAAAAUAAAUGCAUUUUAUCCGCGCAUACGCAAUGACAAAAGAGAGUGCUUACUCAGCACGAGCGAGCGCAAACCGCUGGAAAAUCAGCACACUCCGUCACAGCACGACGAGAGGCGACUAUAAAAGCAUCCACAACUAUGGGUCAAUCUCCAGUCGAUGAUUCGGCGCGCGUGCAAGCAGUUUUCGGAAACACACAUGCACCACCCGCUGUGAGGCAUACCAAUGCAGUGAGACGCAACAAUUGUCAUUGCUUUAAGUGUUGUAAGGAUAUUGCGUUAUAAAAAAGCAAUAACGGAAAUAAAAGUGUAUUCAUGCAAAUUAAGUUGGAAUCCGGCCGGCUUAUAUACUUACAUAAAUUUUUUGCAAAACAAUUACGGAAAACCGCAAUGUAAAUUUUCAGUCAAAGUGUUUGCAACUCCAGCAGCUUUUCAGGAAAUUCAAACCAACAUAUAAACAUGUAAAAAAGGAAUUUUUAAAAAACUCUGUUGUUCUUGUGCAAAUAGGCAACACGCAAUACAUAAACACUUUGGUUGCUUUGUGAGUUUAAUUGUAAUUUCGUGGUUAAUUACAAUUAAUUUGUGUGGCAGUGAAAAGCUUACAGCACGCACUGGAGUAUAAAUAUCUACUCACAUAAAUACAUAACACAAUAACACGUAUUUAUGUAUGAUUGGGAAAAAGUUGUGUGGUUUUUAAGCUCGUUCAAAGUGAAAAAAAUGAAAGAAUCGUUGGUUAAACAAUUCGAUGAAUUUCGUGAAGCCAUAAACUAAUCACGCAUAGUUAUUCAAAGAUUUCGCAACACAAUUCUUGGCUUGCUUUGCCAAGCCACUUCACGAAGGAACUAUAAAAACUGAGAAGAGUACUUCAAAUGCGACUAAAAAUGGAUUAUGAAAUUCAGACGUGACUUUUGCCCUAAAACGAAUUUUCAAGGAAUCCGAUAACUCAUGAGAUACUCACAAAACAACCACAACGCUGGGCUGGUGAAGAAAAUCAUCUAAAAUCUGGUAUUUUGUACAAAACUGCACCAACUCUGCUUGCACUGUACUCCACCAACAUCGGCUCUCCAGUUUCUUUUGAAGAGUUCGACAAUUGAAGUCCUUGCCUGCGUGUACAAUAUAAUAGCAACAACGACAGCAGCUAGCAACGACGACAUUUUAAGGUCCCUUAAAGGCACAAAUCUUUGCUAGCCUCAAAAUCAUAACAUUAACAACAAAGCGGAAAACUUGAGCUCGACAAACUACAGCUCUACAACGCAAGGAAAAAUUCACAAACAAGUAGGCCGGGCGUAAAAAAAAUCUAAGAAAUGUGCAUCAACAAGCAACCGUGGCCAUUGCUUCUCGCCUGCAUCGUGCUCUGUCCAGCGUUGCUUUUUUCCAGCACACACUCAACACCAAUCGCAGUGAAAAGUGGACGCGAACCAGCGCCCUGUGUCCAUGAUAGCAUCUCAGAGCUGAUCAAAAAAAGCCCAGUCAUACUGAAGGCUCUCGGCGCACACAUCUUCACAGACGACGUCAGCACCAAUGAGUUACUAAAUGCUGUGCAAGCAGGAGCUAGUCCGCCCGAAGUCGCUGGCGGCGCUGUCAAUGGCGAGCUGAAAUGGCAGAAUGUGCAAAAUAAUUUGUUUGCAUCAGCAACAUUUCACAAGGCUAGUGGCAGGCCUUCAGCAGCUGACGGCGCAGCCCGACAAAGACAGAUGCAGCCAAAGCAACAACCUUUGGAUAUUUCAGGCUGGCAACGCAGUCCGAAUGCUGUUUCUUCGGACACCUCAAGUACUGUUGCAUCAGCGACGGCAGCGGCAGCGACAGCAGCAGCAGCAGCAGCAGCAGCAAGCACGAGCCGUGUGUUGGACGAGUCCAUUUUAAUAACAUUAACACCGGAAACGAUAUACAAAGGCGCGUCACUCUUGAAAAUGACACCCGGCAGGGAAACUGCCGCAAGAGAGGGUGGCGGCGGUGGAGGAAACAUUGGCAGAGGCAUUGGGCACAGCGGGAGCUAUGGCACUGCAAGCAGCGCCAGCACAGCGUCCGAGUCUGCGUAUCAGUAUGAAGGCCAGUUGAAUGCAACUCUGCAGCCUUUGUCAUGUUUCGAUAGAAACCUUUUGAAAAUUUUACCCACAGAAUUAAUUAUUUUCGGCAAAUUGAUGACCGUACAGCAACAACAGCAACUGUCAUUACCUGAUGGAUUGCAUACAACUCAACAGAAUGACUUUUUAUUGAUCAGCAUAAAUGGUUUACAUCGCUGGAGUCCACAAUUUGAGAAUCACAUCUGGAAGCAUUUGGGUUGGGAUGAUUGGAGUGAUUUCACGCUCUGCAGCGUUACAUGCGGCAAAGGUGUGCAACAAAGAUUCCGGCGAUGCCUGCUCGAUAAUCCGAUGGUGAAUUUCAACAUGCAGCUAAACCUCAAUGCAGCUUCCGAUGAGGAUGAUGAUGCGGCCGAUGAAGAUGUGGUUGCCCGUGAUACGCUGAGCGUCGCCGAUUUUACCAACACUCACCUAUCGGGUAAUACGUUAGUAGACCCCAAUGGUGAAACCUUUGAUAAUCCAUUCGCUAACGGUAGAGCCGAGCAACAAAAUCGAAAGAAUUCGAUUGAAAAUGACAAAGGCGGCGAUUUACGCAAGUUGAAUGGAAAUGCGGAAACUCAGGGCGAGGCCUCUGCGGAGGAUGACGCCAUCACCGCUUCUGCGACAUCAAAUAAACACGCGGGCUACAAAAUUAAUAUAUCACAUAAAUCCAAUUUGAGGCAAACAACUACACCGCUGGCGUCAUUUGUUGGCCAAGCAACCGAAGCCAAUGAGUUGGAUGGCCGAAUUGAUGAUAUGAAGCACAAGAACACCAGCGACAGUGACAACGAUGAAUUGAUGCGGACAUUCGAAGGUAAUCUAAGAGUAAAUGAGGAAAAUUUUUUCGCCAGCAACGGUUUGAAAGUAGGGAAUAAAGAAGCUGAAGAACGACCGCAAAAUAACGAUGGCGAAGGACAAAUAACAAACUCCACGCAUCGUCAACAUAAGCGCCGAAGGCCAAUGAAAAGCUAUUCGACAAUGUUCUGUGAGGGCUACAAUAUUGAGCAGCGCAAUUGCAACGCCUUCGAGUGCAACGAUGACAUAAGUGACUUAUUAAAAUUUUAUAAAAAGUUCCCUGUGCCAGAGGAUGCGGCGAAUCCUGCAACUGUUUCAGCACAAUCUCCACAAGUAAUGCCACCUGCAGUUGAUAGCUUCGUAUCAGCAACAACAACAAUCACAAUGGUUACAUUAGAAGCGACCAUGGCAGGUGCAGUGGGAGCGAGCGGACCGUUGGCAGGAGUUGCUAUGACAGUUGAUUUGACUGGCAAUGCGGAUACAACAGGCGCCACAUCAGCUCUUGACAUCAACAACAACAACAACAGCGCUGCAACUGGCACUAGUUCAGGCGGUGUUAUCAGUGAUGCUGGCGCAACAUCUGGUGUUGGCAACUCACUUGGCGUCGAAGCGACGAAUGCAAAUGCUUUUGGCAGCCCAGCAACUAUUGCCAGCAAUUCACCUUCGACGACACCAGCGAACAUGGGCUAUAUACGUAGCUGGCGGAAUCCGUUGAAUUUUACGAUAAUGCUAACGUUGCGAGUUCGAAAUGACAGCAAAACCGCAACGACUAUUUUCUCCAUACGCAACGCCACACACAACAUGUAUUUGGAAUCGUGCAAGGAUGGGCUACGCUUGUAUCUGGAGCGGGACGGCACCACUGAAAUGCUGCCAGUGAAAUUUAAUUUAUACGAUUUUCGUUGGCAUCAAGUGGCCAUCAGUAUACAAAAUGGUGAUUUUAUUUCCAUUUACGUGGAUUGUUCCUGGACAAAUAGUUUUGUCGUGUCGAAGCGCCUAUACACACUGCCGCUGGAUGCGGAUGUGGAAAUUGGGCGAGGCUUUAAAGGUGAACUACAACAAUUACUUGUGCUGCCCGAUAACCAAGAACGACAGCAAUGCUCCAAUAAACGUACAUCAAUAAAUGAGGUGAAACGGUACAUUAUCGACACGUUCAUCGAUGAUUACGGUAAUUAAUUAGCGACAGUUGGAUAAUUGAAAUGCAGCCAAACCCAACCAUAAAUAAAAACAGAAACAAACAAGUUACUUACAUAUGCAUGAUGUAUCAGAUAAAUAUAUGAGUAGGUAUGUACAUACAUCAAUAAUAAUAUUCAGCUCUUAAUGCUGCAAAAACAUA